AUGGCGCUGAAAAUUCAAACCCCUGAAAGCUUUUCAGCGUUUCCUUUCACACCAUACGACAUCCAGUUGCAGCUUAUGAGACACGUCUUUUCGUCUAUCGAGGACAAGAAGAUUGCACUCAUGGAGAGCCCGACGGGGACACAAACUAUGGAUCGGAAGCGCCGCGAGCUGGAAGCAGAGGAGCUUGAAUACGCAGAGCGGCUCGCCGCUGCCAGAAAAUGCGAAGCAAAGCUCCGCAAGUUGUCCAAAGGCCGAGUGCACAAAAAGCCGAGACUUGCACCGGAACUAGAACCGCCCGCCGAGGACGGGGACGAUGACGCUAUGUUCCUGCCAGAAUCGGACGAAGAAGAAGAGGGCAAGCCCAAUCUAUCUCCUGCAGUGCUGGCGCUGAUGAAGAAAUUGCAAGGCCCGUCACAUUCGACGGACGAGAAGGAGCCGGUAUGCACGAAGAUCUACUACACAUCCCGGACGCAUUCGCAGCUCGCGCAAGUUUUGCACGAGCUGGAGAAAUUGAAGCUGCGCCUGAAUAUAGCGCUUCCGUCCACCGCGCCGACCCAUCGACCACACGACAGUGGAAAGCGGCAGGCUUCCGAAAUGGACGAUGGCAUGGAUGAGGAAGAGGGUACAGGUGCCCGCGCGGUCUCUCUCGGCUCUCGCAAACAGCUGUGCAUCAACGACCGUCUGAAGCAGAAGGCAGGAGACCUCGAUGAAGCAUGUCGUCAAAUGCUCGGAGAGAAGGGCAAUACGAGAUGUCCUCAUCUGCCUACUAUAGAUGAAGAGACCCGGAUGCUUGACCUACGAGACCAGAUUUUG